AUGGCAGCACCAAUAACCACCGACUUUAGUAAAGUCAAAGCCCUAUACUUCGAUAUAUACGCAACACUCAUAGAUUGGGAGCCUUCCAUGCUCACGGCUCUCUCCUCACUCAUCCAGUCACUUCCAGAAAGCGAUCCCCGACGUGCUGACACCCUUGCAAACCAACAAGCACUCCUCCGCGCCUACGCCUCAAAUGAAAAGGCUGUCGAGCAUGAGUUUCCCACUAUGCCCUAUCCUAAGAUCUUAGAAACGGUAUACGGGCGCCUUGCUUCGCAAUUUGCAGUGGAUUUUGAGGAGAAAGAUGCUGUGGCUUUCGGGUACAGCAUUGGAGCUUGGGCUGCGUUUCCUGAUUCCGUGGCUGGGAUGCAGACUCUUUCAAAAUAUUACAAGCUUUUUGCGCUUAGUAACGUGGAUAAUGAGAGUUUUGGGAGGACGCUUGCUGGCCCGUUGAAGGGGGUGAAGUUUGACGGUAUUUAUACUGCGCAGGAUAUCGGGUCUUAUAAGCCAGAUCCGAAGAACUACAAAUACUGUCUUGAACACAUCAAGACAGAUUUUGGAAUCGAGGCGGAGGAGGCGCUUAUCGUUUGCCAGAGUCUCGAUAUCGAUCACGUUGGUACGAAGGCAUUGAACUUACAGCCUGGGAUUUGGAUCGCAAGGAAUCGUGGCGUCACUGCGAUGGGGGGGAACUACGAAGAACUGCUCGCAGCUGGGAAAAUAAAGCUUGGAGCAACUUUUGAUUCGCUAGGAGAGUUGGCAGCAGCGGUUGAGCAAUCGUUAGAGAAGCCUUGA